GCCGAAUAAAGAAAGUUAUUUUGCCUGUGAGCUGCAGCAGCGCGGGAGUUGUUGUUUCUGUGCGUCUGAAUCGGGAACCUGAGUUGUAUUUUUCCCCCGACUGUUAUUCUUGAUUCAGUAGCAGGUUGAAGCUUGAAGACGGACACCAUGCAGCGGAGCAUCGCAUCCUUCUUUCAGGCCAAGAGCAAAGACAAGGAAAUCCAGAAGAAAACCACGAAUGAACCAGUGAAAAAGCCUGUUAAGAGCCCUCUUAAGGUGCAGAACGGCGCUCGGGAAGCUGAUUCACCCAUCAAGAAGGUCGUCAAACGCCGGCGUCAGAUCGUGGACAGCGACGAUGACGAAGUGCCAGUUGUUAAAGACGUUGCUGCCAAAGGACAAGGAGAUAAAGAUGCCUCUGGCAAAACAGAAAAGAAGGACGAUGUCUUUAAGGCCGUUCCCACCCCCCUGUCUCCACCGCCAGCCCCAGCCACGCCUGUAACUCCCGCUACUCCAGCUACCCCGGCUUCUUCAGCCUCACCAGGAACCCCCAGCACGCCCAACUCCAUCUCCCCAUCUGGGAUUGUCAAGCGCAAGACUGCGAGGAAGAUGUUCCCGAAGAGGAAGCUAGACGAGAGCCGGAGCGACGGCGAGAGUCCAAAGGAGGAGCCCGAGGCCAAGGAGGAGCAGGGUCAGCAAAACAAACGACCCCGUGUGGAGGCCGUUGCCAGCAGUGCAGGGAACACCGAUGAACCCAUGGAGGAGGGAGCAAAGGAAGAAAAGGUUGAAAAGGCAGUGGCUGAGGCUAACAGCCCAGAUGAAGAGGUGGAGAACAAGAAGAAUAAGAAAGGAGACAAGGCCAAGGAGGAGGAGGAGCAGGUGGAGAAAAAGAGCUCUGAUGAGAAAGAAAAGAAAGCUGAGGGGGCGGAAAAGAAAAAUGAAGCAAAGGAGAAGACGGAUGAUGAGAAAGGGUCCGCUGUUGCCAAGAAGGAAGUGGCUGAAAAGGACAAGCGAGACAGAGAAGGGAGCCCAAAAAGUCCAACGGCGAAAAAGCAGAAAGAAGCAAAAGAGCAGAAAGAUAAGGAAGCGGCCAAGAAAGCACCCAUCAGCAGUUUCUUUGCUCCCAGAAAAGCAACAGUGAAGACAGAGAAAGCAGAGAAGAAUGAGGGGGAGAAGAAGGCGAGUGCAGAGAGGAAGAGUUCAGAGGAGGAGAGCAAAGACACCAAAGGUGAGUCAACCUCAGGACAGACAGACUACGAUCCAUCCAGGCCGAACUACCAUCCUGUGGACCACGCAUGUUGGAAGCAGGGCCAGAAAGUGCCAUACUUGGCGGUGGCUCGCACCUUUGAGAAGAUUGAAGAGGACUCUGGCAGGCUGAGAAACAUCGAGACGCUGUCGAACCUGCUCCGCUCCGUGCUGCUGCUCUCUCCAGAUGAUCUGCUGUGCUGUGUGUAUCUGUGUUUGAACCAACUGGGUCCUGCCUACCUGGGGAUGGAGCUGGGCGUUGGGGAGACGGUGCUGAUGAAAGCUGUUGCUCAAGCAACUGGGCGACAAUUGGACAAAAUUAAAGCAGAAGCACAGGAGAAAGGAGAUUUGGGCCUGGUGGCCGAGAGUUCCCGUAGCAACCAGCGCAUGAUGUUCCAGCCGGCCAGUCUGACAGCAGGGGGCGUGUUCAGGAAAUUGAAGGAAAUUGCCAGCAUGAGUGGUAACUCGGCCAUGAAUAAGAAAAUCGACAUCAUCAAAGGCCUCUUUGUGGCAUGCCGCUUUUCAGAGGCCCGCUACAUUGUCAGGUCUCUGGCUGGGAAGCUGAGGAUUGGACUUGCUGAGCAGAGUGUCCUCUCUGCACUGAGCCAAGCUGUCUGUCUCACCCCUCCUGGACAAGGUUUCCCUCCCGCUGUUAUCGACGCAGGGAAGGGGAUGAGUGCUGAGAGCAGGCGGGCCUGGAUCGAAGAGAAGAGUCUCAUUCUCAAACAAACUUACUGCGAGAUGCCCAAUUUCGACGUCCUUAUCCCCGUUCUUCUGAAAGAAGGCAUAGACCAGCUGCCCUGUCACUGCAAGCUCACUCCAGGCGUACCGCUGAGACCCAUGUUGGCUCACCCCACCAAGGGGGUUGGCGAGGUGAUGAAGAAGUUCGAUGAGGCGGCGUUCACCUGCGAGUACAAAUACGACGGCGAGCGUGCACAGAUCCACAUCCUGGAGAAUGGCGAAGUCAAAAUAUUCAGCCGCAACCAGGAAGACAACACCAGCAAAUACCCUGACAUCAUCUCCCGCAUUCCCAAGGUGAAGAAGGACUCAGUGGUGUCCUGUGUCCUGGACUCGGAGGCGGUGGCCUGGGAUCGUGAGAAGAAACAGAUCCAACCCUUCCAGGUCCUCACGACUCGGAAGAGAAAGGACGUGGAUGCCUCGGAGAUCAAAGUCCAAGUGUGUGUGUACGCCUUUGACCUCCUCUAUCUCAACGGCGAGUCUCUGGUGCGACAGCCGUUGUGUCGACGUCGGGCUCUGCUGAAAGAAAGCUUCUCAGAGGUAGAGGGAGAGUUCGUGUUCGCCCGAUCCAUCGACUCUGACAACACCGACACCAUCGCCGAGUUCCUGGAGCAGUCGGUCCGAGACUCCUGCGAGGGCCUGAUGGUCAAGACUCUGGAGAAGGAUGCCACCUACGAAAUUGCAAAACGCUCUCAUAAUUGGCUCAAGCUGAAGAAGGACUACCUGGAGGGGGUUGGCGAUACGAUGGACUUGUGCGUGAUCGGUGCAUAUCUGGGGAAAGGAAAAAGGACGGGCACCUACGGGGGCUUCCUGCUGGCCUGCUACGACGAAGAAAAUGAGGAAUUUCAAUCCGUCUGCAAGAUCGGGACAGGCUUCAAGGAUGAAGAUCUGGAGCAGCAUUACAAGUUCUUAAAGGAGCACAUUUUGCCAAAACCCCGUGCCUACUACCGCGUCGACCAGUCAGCCGAGCCCGACGUCUGGCUGGAUGCUGUGCAGGUUUGGGAGGUGAAGUGUGCCGACCUCUCACUGUCACCCGUCUACAAAGCCGCCAUGGGAAUGGUGGAUCCAGAAAAGGGAAUUUCUCUGAGAUUCCCCCGUUUCCUUCGGAUUAGAGAUGACAAGAAGCCUGAGGAUGCCACAACCGGAUCUCAGAUUGCUGAUUUGUACAAGAAGCAGCAGCAGAUUCAGAAUCAGGGGGAUAAAGCUGACCCAGAGGACUACUACUGAUCAUCUGUAGUCAUCAGCAGGGAAUAAUAAAUAAUGGAAAUUUCAAUGUAAUUGUAAAUAGCUUUGUUCUUUUGUGCACUGUUGAAUGAAAAUAAAGGAUCUUGCCAGUUUUAA